AUGGGGACUUACCAAAAGCAAAAUGGGAGAUUAAUGGCAGUAACAGGAAAAGAACCCAGGUGUCCUAACUCCCAGUUCAGUGCCUUAUCUCGUCUAAACAACAGAGUGCUCAAGGCAGAACCUGGAGAUAAAGGUCUUUCCCUGCUAGGCUAUCAUCUAUGCAACUAUAGUGUGACCAAAAAUGUCUUUAAAAUGGUUGCCUAUCAAAAGUCAUAUGAGAAAAACACCUUAUGUGGAGGAUGGAUUCCAUGGACGGUUUGUCCCAAAACUUACCACAAAACUGAGUAUCGUACUAUUGAAGUCCCUGAGACUGUGAAUCUUACAGAUUGCUGUGAAGGUUACGAGCAAGUUGGACUCUACUGCACUUUAUCCCUAAAUAGAUCCAGUGAAUUUGCCUCAAGGCCUGGUAUUUGUCCAGAGGAACAUAUGGAAACAUCAAAUUAUUCAUGCACAUUUGACACUGACUGUCCAGGACUUAAAAAAUGCUGCAACUCAUCCAUAGGAGCAGGCUGUGUUACUCCUUUACCAGGUGUUACAGAGAGGAACCUAAGACAAUAUUGGUUUAAUGCUUCAGUCCUUGUGAAAAUGGAUUUUAACGAAUUACACAGAAUAGAUCCAAGACUUUUGAAUCAUUCACGCCUUCUGCAUGCCCUGAUGACUGGUGCACUACAGCCCUUUCAUUCUUCAGUGUACCACAUCCAGACUGCUCACGCAGAUACAUACUCUGGAACAGUAAUAUCUCAUAUUCUCAUUGGAUUAUAUCAACCAGCUUCACUAAUGACAAUUUCUUCUUUGCUGAAAGACAUUAUGAAGCGUGUGUAUGAAGUUAUCGAUGUAGAUGUACAAGAUGUAAAUGAAUGUUCCUAUGUUGAACUCAAUGCAUGUCCCAGAAAAGAACUUUGCAGGAAUGUGGAAGGUUUUUACAGUUGUACAUGCGAGCAUGAACAUGUGGACGCAAACUCUAGCCAUCUGAGUGGAGGAUGUAAAGACAUGAUAGAGUGUACUUCAAGAUCAGCUUUGGAUCCAGUUAGUGCUAGCAAUAGUUCUGCCUCUCUAGAUAAUUCAACAAUUGUCCUGCCAAAAUCUGAGAACUCUACUGAUUCAGAAUGCUAUUCUUCUGCAAUUAGAAACCACAGAAUCUUCAGUGUUACUAGUAGCAGUUUUGAAGUAUCCUGGAGUGUGAAUUCCACUCUGAAUCACACUUUCCAAGCUGAAGUUUUCAAGGGCAAAGAUAUCUUCAAAAGCAUAGCAACUACAGAAAUGAGAGUGGAUGUGUCUGACUUGGAAGCAGGUAUAAUGUAUUUGGUGAAGAUAAGCUAUGAAACUUGUGGAAAAACCAUCAUCUCCCAGCAAAGUGCUAAAACUAAUGCCCAGAUAUUUGGGAUUACAAUAAGGAUCCUGAACUAUAACCUCACUGAACAGCUCCACAACACUAGUAGCUUGGAAUAUCAAGAAUUUUCAAGAUUGCUGCUUACUGAGAUUGGAAACUCAUUUCCACCAAAUAUUUCCACACUGUACGCAACUGGGAAGCUGAAAGUGCAAAUUGAAUCCCUGAAAGCUGGAAGUAUCUUAGUAAGGCUUAGGGUUAUCAUACAGGAUCCUGAAUUUUCAACAGAUGCAUCCAGCUUUGCUCCUGUGCUUUCUUAUCUGUACAAAGGUCCAGUGUUUUUGGUUGAUCAGCAAAACUCCUCAGUAGGAGAUUGGGAUGAAUGUGCAUUUCCUUCAGAGAAUGACUGCUCUAUGUAUGCUGAGUGUAUCAAUUCAGUGGGCUCCUAUAGGUGCCGAUGCAAGACAACCAUGGACACCAAUCCGUCUCGCCCUGGAAGAAAUUGUGAAGGUGAAAUUGUAAACCCUAUGACUGCAACAAUGCCCCCAGGUGCAUCAAGGAUUACAGAUAUACCUCCUGAAACAAGUACUGCAUUGUACACUACUUCAGCAAAUACUGAAAUGAAAACAAUUUUUCCUCUCCAUUCCAAUACAAGUACCACAUUAAAUGUACCUCAUGGGCUGCCAUCAAGUGGCAUGCAAGCAUCAGAUAGUCAUCUUUCCACCCAAACUCCUCCAGCAGCUUGGAGAAAGGGCAUGGCCUCUUCAAUUGGCUUUGGCAGGAACAAUAGCACAAUGGGUAUGGUGAGGGAAACAACCAUGGGAACACCAGCCAUGGUAACAGAGCAGUGGAAGACUGUAAAUGUACUAACUGAAAAACCCACAAGAGAGACUAUUACUGGUGUACCACAGUACCUGGCUACUACUACAGAUGCUUCCAUAGGCACAGCUGGGCAAGAACAUCACAAUUCACCAUCGUCCAUAUUGUCUACUACUGCAAGAAAUCAAACCUUCAGAGACCGACAUGCCCAUCUCCAGCUCCCUGGAGCUAGUUCUCAGGACAAUUCUAGAACAACUUUUCCCACUACAGAAAAUGUUGGAGUUCAUAAGCUAAAUUCCACAGUUGAUAAAGCGAUGGGCAGAGAGAACAACACUUGGUCUGAGAAAUACCUGAAAGAAUUCUUCUCAGUGUCAACCACAUGGCCUGACCUCUCACCUGCUUCCAACACAAUGAACUUCCUGACCACAGAUUGCAUACCUGCCCCAGCUCAAAGGAUUAUUCUCUCCAACGUGAGUAGCACCAGCUUUCAUGCAGCAUGGUCCACAGAAUCUACGCAGAAUCUUGUUUUCCGAUUUCUACUGCUUCGGGAAGAUCAGCUGAUAUGGGAAACUAAAACUCGCAGCAGACACUUGACAGUGACAGGACUGGAACUUGGGGUCUUAUACACAGUCGAAAUCAGGACGGAAGUUUGUAUGAAGGAAAGUAAAUCAGCACAUCAGAAAGUAAAGACCGCUUUUAAUUUUGCAGCUGCUCAAAAACUUAAUGGAACAGUAAGACUAACAAGUAUGGAAUAUGUUCAAGGCUUUAGCAAUGCAAGUAGUGAAGAGUAUCAAAACUUUACACGGCUGUUUUUGAAUGAAGUAUAUAAAUCUAUGCCCCAUAACCUUAUUAAGCAAAUGGAUAAUGGUACGAUUAAAAUGUCGAUUACCAGUAUUACUAAUGGGAGCAUCGUGGUAGGUUUCAGUUUAGUGAUAGCAGAAGAUCUGGACAUCCAGCACAUUGCCACAGCUUUCCGUGAUGCCUUUCAACACAGUUCUUAUUUCACAGUUGACAACAACAGUCUCUCCAUACAUGAUUAUGAUGAAUGCAAGAGAGAAGAAGAUGACUGUUCAGUGGAGGCAUCAUGCCAUAACGUAUAUGGGUCCUAUCAAUGCAGCUGUAAUGAAGGAUUUAUUGAUCUAAAUUCGGACAGGCCGGGGAGAAACUGCAAAGCAUUUUCUCCCAGUGGUAGUCCUGCAGCUACGGAUGACAAUCCUGCAGGCAGCACAGUUUUUCCUGUGGCACAUUCACUGCCUUGGGCACAUGUAUCUUCACUUGCUGCAGAAGAGUCCUUCGCUACUAAACCCAAAGUUCUGGAGCAUGCUAUGUUCUCUAGCUCUGCAGUACCUCAGGCCUCCCCAGACUCUAUGUCAAAUGUCUACCAUUCUCCACCAGUCACCCCUCUCCCAUCCAUUAACUCUGCCCAGAGGCUUUCCAUAAAAGAUGCUGUGAAGGUAUUCUGUGAAAUUGAAAAGAUUGUCAUUGCCAUUCAGAAGAAAUUUCUGCAGCAAGAAUCUAUCCCAGAAUCUUCGCUCUACCUUGGGGAACCUCAUUGCAAUGUGAGCUUCCGCAAUGACACCUCUGUUGUACUGCAGACGGGGUGGAACGAAUGUGGAACUGAAGUACAAAGUAAUCUGACUAACACCUUAGUGAAAACAAUACUUCGGAAUGAUAUUUCCUUGCAGGGAGUUGUCCACCACUUGAAGAUUGUGAGCCCUAUUCAUUGUGUAUUUCAAAAUGACCUCUUGACUUCAUCUGGAUACACUCCGGAAUGGGUUUACACCAUUUUUGAGGAUUUACAUGGAUCCGGACGCUUUAUUACUGAAAUGCAGCUGUUUGUUGGAAACUCUCCAAUACCCAAAAAUUUCAGCAUUUCUGCCAGUGAUGACAUACUGAUUGAAGUAGGAAUUCAUAAAGAGGGAAGCAAGCUCAAGGUGGUCCUCACUGAAUGUUGGGCAACUCCAUCCAAUAAUUCAGUGGAUCCUCUGUCAUUUGCUUUUAUUAACAACAGCUGUCCAGUCCCAAAUACUCACACAAUUCUCAUUGAGAAUGGGAACUCAAGCAAAGCUCAGUUUAAACUGAAGAUCUUUUCCUUUGUCAACAAUUCUGUGGUUUAUCUCCACUGCAGAAUUCGCAUUUGUGUAGAGACUCCUGAAAGCACCUGCAGGACGACCUGCAAUGGUGCUCGAUCCCUGAAAACAGGCGAAAUUAUUGCCACGCACAGAACUUCCUGGGGACCCCUGUGCAAAGCUGUUGUAUCUGAUUCAAAGACAAGAAAGGAGCCUGGGCUAGGAGUUGGGUACAUCAUCCUUAUUGUCAUCACUGUGUUUGUUUUUGUGCUGGCAGUAGCAACUGUUUUAAUUUUCCAAUACCAACGAAAGACUGGGAGAUACAACUUCAGAAUCAAAUCAGACAACUUUAGCUACCAAGUGUUCUAUGAUUAAAUAUUCCAAAGUUAUUGCAUCUGGAACUGGUCUCAUCACACAGACAGCAGUGGCUUCUCCCCUCUCAGCAGUUUGCUCUCAUUAGGCCUUAUGAUGGAGGCCAACGAUCAGUCACAAUACUGAAUCCUCCCAAGUUAUCAUGGGCUAUAAAAUACUACUGUAUCUGGUCUUUUUGGCUGCCAGGCUUUUUCUUCAGUGCCCUAAGAGCUUCCCAUAGGUGCAGCUCCAGAGUCGAGCCAUCUGGCCAUGUAGGUUUGUGUGUCCUCAUUCAGCUUUGUGCACAGCAUGUUGCCUUUAUUCUCUACCCAGCUGCAGAGUACCCUUGUUCAUGUCAUGUGUUCUGUUACUCUUGAAAGUUGGUACAUCUCUAACUAUACAAGGAAGCAAAUCAACAAAUCCCUGAAUGGCUCUUCUUUUUGAUUUUCAGUUCAGCUAUUUAGGUAAGGGAUACCCAUAACUUAGGCUUGCAGCAGAAAUGUGGGGGGUGGGUAUAGAAAUUGUAUGAAUUGAGAGACUGUAGAAUGGGUCAUGGCUGAUCAGCAACAAAGACCUGAAUUGCUCCACAAAAGUUUUUUUUCAGAGCAAUUUCUAGAAUAUAGAUUUAAGAGUUUUAACAGACUGAAACUACAGUGGAAGGAAAGAGUUUUUCAUGCCAGUGACCCAGGCAUGGCAACUUCCAUUUCUCCAGAUAUCCUGUUGCACCUGCUUGUCUGUUUUUAUUUUACUGAAUGAAGUCAAAUAUCCUUCCCAUAUCCUUCUCCUAAACAGAGAUCCAUUUACAAGUUCAAGUUCACCUAGAGUGUAGAAUAUUAUCUCUUGCUUUCCUCCCCAGAGCAGUUCUGUUAUAGCUGACUAAUGAUACAGCAGAGUAGCAUUUUACUUGGCCGAGAGCUUCUACAACUGUAGGGAAUUAGAUUGCAUGCUCUGUAGUAAACAGCAGUAGGCCAGUUUCCAGACUGGGACCAAAGGCCCAUUUACUUGCCUAUUGACUUUGGCAACAGAAUCAGUUAUUUGUAAAGGCACAGAACAACUCUCCUCUGCACAAAGGCAGCAUUAUUUCCCCUUUCCAAAAAUAUUUUAAAAUAGAUUUCCCCCUCCUUUUCUCUCCCAGAUCAGUGGCACCAGUUUCAGCUAUGUCCAGGACCAGGGUUUGGCAUUCCUUUUGCCACCACAGGCCAGUCAUUGCAAUCCAGGCCCUGCCACAGGCCACCUCCAUGUGCCCAUCUUGGGGAUCAGCAGAUGCUGUCAAAGGAACAGUUAGGAAUGUGGCAAAUAUUAGGACCCUUUAGAAGCCACAUCUGCAGCAGUGGAGAGAACAAACUGAACGUGGCAGACCACGGAAGGUCAUAGGUAGGGACUUACCGAAUUCACGAUUUCCGUGAAGUUCAGCAAUACCUGUGAAAUCCAUGGAAUCUGCGAAAA